AUGACUUCGAAUUCCCUGAUAGAAGCGGGCUCAAUUGUUAUGCUUCGAGCCAUAGAACUUGAGAAACAAUUAAAAUUUACUGAAAGUUUGACAUGCUAUGAAGAAAGUAUUGGUUUAUUCAUCAAAGCUCUACGUUCUAUUCCUGAUAAUACACAAUCAGAAUUCAAAGACAGAUUCAGACUGAAAGUUUCAGAGUAUAUAACCCAUGCAGAAAAACUUAAGGAAAAACUUAAAAAGGAAUCAGAAAAUGGAAAUUAUCACGAACAAAUUGUUAUAGAAGAAGGUGCUACUGGUUACAGUUACAAGAAGGUUUUUGGAAGAUUUCUUGAAGAUGGUACAGUAAGGAAAGUUUGGGUAGAAGAUCCGUAUAUCAGAAAUAGUUAUCAAAUUGAGAAUUUUUCUCACUUUUGUGAAGUCAUCGUUCAAUCAGUGUCGAAGGUGAAAAAUAUUUAUUUAACCACCGGAGAAGAUGCCCAGCAUCCAGAUGAACAAAUAGAAAAGUUUAACAUGUUAAAGGGUGAUCUAGAAAAGCAUUCAGUUACUUUUGAGUGGACGUUCUCGGAUACCUUACAUGAUCGAGAGAUACGAUUUGAUAGUGGAUGGAUUGUUAAAAUUGGUCGUGGAUUGGAUUAUAUACGUCGUCCUGAACAUAAAUUUUGUGGUCUCGGUGUACAUGACUAUGACUUUCGGACAUGUUCUGCAACAACUAUUGACAUAUUUCAUUCUUCUAUUUUACGUCAAGAUACAUAA